AUGCACGCAUCUCCCUCCGCUGCCUGCUGCUCCGCGCACUCCUCGUCCUCACAACCACCCGCGCCCUCACUCGGAGCAGCCCCCGUCUCCCGCGCCGUCCAGUCCGCGUCCUGCCCCACAUCCGCGAGCUCCCCUCAGUGCUGCCACUGCGGCUGGCGCGGCGCGCAUGCCCCUACGUGCCCGUUCAAGUGA